UUGCCAGCGUGCAUAAUGAAUGCAUCUUUGCAAGCUGCGCGUCAUUGGCUGUGCCGGUCGGCCCUGCCCGGCGCGUCCCCGUCCCCGCGGUGCCCUCUCGCUUGCCGCAAACCCUUCGUGACGAGUGCCGAGAAGAGAGCAGUCCCUCGAGACGUGCAGCCGGCAAAUAAUUUUUCAUCGUGCAGGACGGCGGCGCCACCGUCGGCGCCGCACACCGCCGUCGCCGAGCAACCAGUCGGAGCCAAACAUUCGCCCGCCACACACGGUGUCCACCACGGCCCCCGGGGGUGGCUUCCUCAACCCCAACCUGCCUUGCAAAUGGAGGCGCCAGGGUUGCUGUUUCUGCUGGUCUUCCUCGCCGUCAUUGGUGGUUGGUUCACCGCUGUGGCGAGCAUUGACUGCUUUAAGUGCAUCUCCAUCGGGGGUAACAACCCCGAGUGCGACGACCCCUUCCACAAUAAUUACUCCACUACCAUCCUCGAGUCACCAUGCAUGGGUGGCAGGAAGGGCAGGAACGGACUCUUCCCGGCCACUGCCUGCAUCAAACUUGCCGGAGUUUAUGAGGACAACGGGGUGCAGUUGACGGUGCGCGGGUGCGCCCUGGACAGCGGCACCCUCACUACCGACACAGAGAUCAUCCGCAUGUCGCACUGCGGCGGCUUCUACCUCGACGACCGGUACAUCCGCGGCUGCCUGCAGAGCUGCUCCGACUUUGACGCGUGCAACGGAGCGCCGCCUUCGACGCGGGCCGCGUGGACCACGCUCGCGGCCGCCCUCUGGCUGACUAGGGGCGCCUGCUGAGCUCGGGGCCCCCCUUGGGGGGCUCCUCCUUGCGCGGCACCAGCAGCACCGAGCCGUCGGCCGCCUGCUGCAGGCUGAACUCAUACGGCGAGUAUGGACGACCUUCUGGAUCACGUAAUGCCUGCAACACGACACACGAAACCGUUUUUGUCAACGAAUAUAUUAUACUGGAUCAAAUCAUGAAAAUGCACUCGACCACUGUUUCUCUUUUUCAUUGAA